CCAGGUCCCAAAAGUAGUCUCAUGAAAGUUUGUUCAUAUAUACAUAACCAGGCGGUUACUUGUCCUUCCUAAAGAAGUGCUACGUGAUUCCAACUCCCACUUGCCACUUCCUUGAAGUCCAAACUUCCUUCUUCCCCCUCCCUUUCAUUGUUAACCAACCCCAUCAGCAAUUGAAGCCAACAUCCUUGUAUACAAAUGAAACGAAGAUCAAUGAAAGCCAGGCCCAUCCUUCUGCUUCAAAUGGCUGUCAUAGCUGCUUUCUUCGCUGCAUCUUUGCUCGCCACUGACCACAUUGUAGGGGACUCCAUAUGGACGAUCCCUCCGAGCAAUGAUUUCUAUAGCAACUGGUCUCAGAACAAAUCUUUCAAUGUUGGUGACUCACUAGUUUUUAGGUUCGAGAUGGGACUCUACAAUGUGGUGCAGGUUUCUAAGAGGGAGUUUGAUAGCUGCAGUGCUGAGAACCCCUUCCGAACGAUUCUUACAGGGCCAGUGACCAUCGAUCUCAAAGAAGAAGGCAUCUUAUACUUCAUUUGUAGCUUUGGAAACUAUUGUCUUCUAGGCCAAAAGCUCUUUGUCUCUGUCCAGAGGCCACCACCACCACCACCACCGGCCAAGUCUUCUUCACCUACUAGCUCUUAGUUGCUGCGCCAGCACUUUAAAAUUUCAAACUUUAUAGUUGGAUCCGAGCAGAUUAGCCUGCUUCUGUAUGCGGGUUUACUUGUUCCA